AUGCUGUCACCGGAUGCCGAGCGGGUGCUGCGGUACCUGGUCGAGGUGGAGGAGCUCGCUGAGGAGGUGUUAUCGAACAAGAGGCAGAUUGUGGACCUGGACACUAAACGGAAUCAGAACCGGGAGGCCCUGAGGGCCCUGCAGAAGGAUCUCAGCCUUUCUGAAGAUGUGAUGGUUUGCUUCGGGAAUAUGUUUAUCAAAAUGCCUCACCCUCAGACGAAGGAAAUGAUCGAAAAAGAUCAGGCUCAUCUGGAUAGUGAAAUAGAGAAACUCCGGAAUCAACUUAAACUGAAGGUCAACCGCCUCUUUGAGGCUCAAGGCAAACCGGAGCUGAAGGGUUUCAACCUGAACCCCCUCAACCAAGACGAGCUUAAAGCUGUCAAAGUCAUCUUAAAAGGAUAA